AUGUCGACCACUGUGGAGAAGAUCAAGGCCAUCGAAGAUGAGAUGGCCCGUACUCAAAAAAACAAGGCCACGUCGUUUCAUUUGGGCCAGUUGAAGGCGAAACUGGCUAAACUAAGAAGAGAAAUCGUCACUUCUGCCACCCAGGGCUCUGGUGGUGGCGGUGUGGGUUUUGAUGUUGCCAGAACCGGUGUUGCUUCUGUUGGUUUUGUUGGGUUUCCUUCGGUGGGGAAAUCGACAUUGCUGUCAAAGCUGACAGGUACCGAAUCCGAAGCUGCAGACUACGAGUUUACGACUUUAGUUACGGUUCCAGGUGUUAUUCGUUACAAGGGUGCGAGGAUUCAGAUGUUGGAUUUGCCGGGUAUCAUUGACGGUGCCAAGGACGGUAGAGGUCGUGGUAAGCAAGUCAUUGCUGUGGCCAGAACUAGCAACCUGUUGUUCAUCGUUCUGGAUGUGAACAAGCCGCUGCACCACAAGCAAGUCAUCGAGAAGGAACUGGAGGGGGUGGGGAUCCGUUUAAAUAAGCAACCGCCAGACAUUUUGAUCAAAAAGAAAGAAAAAGGUGGUAUCUCCAUCACAAAUACAGUACCUCUGACACACCUGGGGCCUGACGAGAUCAGAGCUGUUAUGAGUGAGUACAGAAUCAACAGUGCCGAAAUUGCGUUUAGAUGCGACGCAACAGUAGACGAUCUUAUUGACGUUUUGGAAGCGCCUACCAGAAGAUACAUGCCAGCCAUUUACGUGCUAAACAAGGUGGACUCGUUGUCAAUAGAAGAGCUGGAGCUUCUGUAUCGUAUUCCCGAUGCGGUCCCCAUCUCGUCCGGAAGAGAGUGGAAUCUGGAUGAACUGUUGCAAGUCAUGUGGGACAGGCUGAAUCUAGUCCGCGUCUACACCAAGCCCAAGGGUGUGAUGCCAGACUUCUCGGAUCCGGUGGUGCUGCGGUCAGAUAGAUGCUCAAUUCGUGAUUUCUGUAACCAAAUCCACAAAUCGUUGGUGGAUGACUUCAGAAAUGCUCUUGUUUAUGGUAGUAGUGUGAAGCAUCAACCUCAAUACGUUGGGUUAAACCACGUUCUGGAAGACGAGGAUGUGGUAACCAUCCUCAAGAAAUGA